UUUUACCCUUUCUCUUUCUCAUUUCCUUAACAUUCGUAUUCCUUACUUUACUUUUACUAUUAAGGUUGCUUAACUUAAUUGCUUUCCAUCACUACUAAAGAGUUAUUUUCUGGUAUUUCCAAUUCCAAAUCCAACUAGAUAGUUUUGCUUCAACAUACAUCAACGACGAUCUUCCAAUUCAGCAACAUGACACUCUUCAGUAAUACCUCAGCAUCCCUCGAUCGCGAGCUCCCGCCAUCGCCUGAAAUGAAAGAUAAAGUGACGGCCAUGGAGAAAAUCGUAGGCCACAACUUCAAGAACAAGAGGCUUCUAGAGGAAGCUCUCACACACCCCUCCGUCACGAACUUCCCAUCGUAUGAGCGUUUAGCAGUGCUCGGUGACGCUGCCCUUGGCAUGGCUAUGAGUAAGCACCUCUUUCUUCUUUACCCCGACAUGGAUCAAGGCAACUUCUCUAAGCUCCGCUCCGCCAAUGUUAGUACGAUGAAGUUCGCACGCGCUGCUGUUAAACAUGGGUUUGAUCACUGCCUUCGUCACAAUUCUCCUCCUCUCGCUACUCAGGUUGGGGAGUUUGCCAAAGCGGUUUCGAAUGAAGAAGAUGAGACGGAUCUUUUAUAUGGAGGGACUAUACAACCCAAUCAUGCUCUUGCAGAUAUUGUGGAAUCAGUGGCAGCUGCCUUAUACAUUGACUUGAACUUUGAUCUGCACAAACUAUGGAAGACAUAUGAGCAUCUUUUGGAGCCUAUAGUUACUCUCGAAGAUUUGCCGGAUCACCCUGUGUCAAAGUUGUUUAAGCUUUGCCAUAAGCAUGGAAAGCGUGUUGAGACCAAGGAGGCGAGAGAUGAUGUUAAAAAUGUAAGUAAUUCUUAUGUGUAUGUUGAUGGUGACCUCUUUGCCUCGGCUCCUGGAAAAAAUAUUCCAAUUGCCAAGCGUCGUGCUGCAAGUGAGGCCCUAUCUAAGUUGGCCGAAUUCGGCAUAAGCUAUGGGUCGUUUGAAGUUGUUGCUGAAAAUGAAGCUAAAAAGAAUUUGAAGGAGCUUUGUGAGAAGAAGAGGAUCCGUAAACCAACUUACAGAGUGAAAGAAUUUGGUCCUGCGCAUGAGAAGAGAUUUGUAUCAUCAGUUGAAAUUGAAACUUUAGAUGGUGUGCUAUAUAAGACAGGAGAUGAAAGGCCAAGAAAACGAUAUGCGGAGAAUUCUGCGGCUUCCUUGAUGAUCAAUAUGAUGAACACUAUAGAAGCAGCUAAAAUUAAGGGUGACUAUUUUCCAGAAGCAGCUAAAAUUAAGGGUGGCUAUUUUCCCUCAGUACUCUACAAACUGUGGUUAAUGAUUUGUUGGGUGAUAAGGCUGCUUGUUUUUUGUUUCACAGGAAUAAUUCUGUUAGUUAUUUUCUUUGCUGUGGUCGGUUCUUGUCUGGAUUACUUUUUUUCUGGUUGAAACUUGUCUGGAAUACUUUCAUAUAACAAAGAAUAGCCUUAUAGAGUAUAAAAGAGGCUCUCAAUUAGUUAUCGGGUAGCCUUUCGCUUGAUUUCCGUUGACUUCCACGUUUGUAGGCCACUUUUAAUUCCUCUUGGAAUUUUAAAGAGCUUGUUUGUAUGGCCUCGUUUGAUGUUCAUUACUGAAUAAGAUUGUUGGUCAUGGAUUGAAUGUUAA